ACAGCUAUCUUGUCAUUGUGUAGAUAUACGGCUUCCAUUGACAGCAUGGAAUGUAACCGGUUUGGUGAUUACACACAAUACUGCGCCAUGUUGUAAAGAGUAUGACAGGCCGUUACAGAAAACAUCUAUUCAGCAUUCAUAGCGUAUGGGAACCCUAUUGACCCAGCGGCGACUGUCACGGUAUGAUUGUUAUCAUGUGUAUGCUGUAGUCGACGCAAGUCGCCUCGCUGAUGUCUGUCGAUGUCAACUCGCCACAGACUGACUUCUACUGUCACUAGCUUCACAGAUUCCAGAAGCAGGGCCAACAACCCAGUGUGCACAGAAACCGACAUUUACAGAACAACAAAAGAAGUUGGUAACUGAAAAAGAACAGAAGUAAAAAGAGGUGGAAAGGUUGUGCUAUGAUGUAUAAAAAUAAAGGUGACUCGCCUCUUCACAUAGCAGCCGAGUUUGGGUCGGAAUAUAACGUUGAGCUCUUGUUGGAAUCUCGAGCCAAUGUGAACUCUCAGAACAUCCAGGGUGACACUCCACUCCACAAGGCAGCAGGAAGGAGAUCUGUGGACUGCGUGGAGCUGCUUCUUGAGGCUGGAGCUGAUGCUAAUCUCAAGAACAAUGCUGGUGACACACCACUCCACAUAGCUGGCGAGAGAGGCUCCGUACAAUCAUUAAGACUGUUAUUAAAGUUCGGAGCCUAUGUGAACGAUCGAAACAGAGUAGGAAACACAGCCCUUCACCGAGCUGCUAAAAGACGGUCAGUAGAAUAUGUAAACGUACUGUUAGCAGCGGGAGCUAGUCGGUACCUGAGGAACAUGGCAGGCGACACAGCUUUCCAUGCAGCAUCCGAGAUGGGAGUUUCAGAGAGUGUGGCUGCAUUGAUGAAGGAUAUGGUUGAUGUUAACAUACAGAAUGCGAUAGGUAACACCCCACUCCAUAAAGCCGCUGGUAGGGGUCAUUGCAGUUGUGUUGGUGAAUUGUUGAAGGCUGAUGCUGAUGUGAACAUCCAGAACAGAAGGGGUUCAACAGCGCUUCACAGAGCCGGGAGAACCUCCUACGAGAGUCUCAAGCAGAUGUUGGAACAAGGUAUCGAUAACAGUAGCAUGUUUCUCCCAGAUGAGAAUGGUUGGGAUGGGAGUUCUAGGAUGUGGGUAGAUGUAAACGUACAGGACAAUAGAGGCGACACGCCCCUACACAGAGCAGCAGAGUAUGGCUCUACGGAAAACGUUGAGCUUCUGCUGAAUGCUGGGGCGGAUCUUCGAGUGAAGAACAAGAGAGGAGACACACCUCUGCACAAAGCCACGUACAGGGGACAUAAGAACUGUGUUAACGUCUUGUUGAACACUUUAAAGCCAAAGGAAUCUGCAAGUUCUUUUUAACCUGAUACUGUGAAAAAUAGUAAAAUCGGGGACAUACUUUGAGUACUGCUCUUGGUGAUAUGAGUUGCAUGGAUGUCCCGUCACUGACGACUGAAAACUGUAAAUGCUCCAUACAUAACGGUGGUAUUGAUUUGUGACAAGGUGGGAUUGAAAUUGAUUAACAGCUGUUGUUGCUACUGUUGCUGAUAUCGAUGCACACCUGAUGCUGAUAUUGAUGCAUGGCUGGAGAAAACAUAACAGUUUGGCUGGUAUUCAUUUAUGGGUAACUUUAAUGUUGAAACUCCGGUGAUGAUAGUGAUGUCCAGUUAAGGUUGAUAGUGACGAGUGGUUCACCUUGAUGGCAGUGGAUGUUAUUGACACAGAACUAAUAAUGAUACUGAUAUUGGACUAAGGUUGAUAUUGAUUUACAACUGAUGUUGUUGCUGAUUUGGCUAUAGCUAACAUUGAGGCAUGGCCAAAGCUGAUAUUGAUGCAAGGUUAAAGCUGAUAUCAAUGCAAUUGUAAGCUGAUAUCGACGCGAAGACAAGGCUGCAUCAACUGAUGCAUGGCUAAAGCUGACAUCUAUGCAAGGCUAAAGCUUAUAUCGAUGCAAUUAUAAAGCUGAUAUUGAGGCAAUUAUAAAGCUGAUAUUGAGGCAAUGCUAAAGCUGAUAUUGAGGCAAUGCUAAAGCUGAUAUUGAGGCAAGGCUAAGGUUAAUAUUGAGGCAAGGCUGAAGCUGAUAUUGAUGUAAGGCUGAAGCUGAUAUGGAUGUAAGGCUAAGGUUGAUAUCGAUGCAAGGCUAGAGCUGAUAUUGAUGCAAGGCUAAAGCUGAUAUGGACGCAAGUCUAAAGCUGAUAUUGAGGCAAGACUAAGGUUGAUAUUGAGGCAAGGCUAAAGCUGAUAUCGAUGCAAAGCUAAAGCUGAUAUUGAUGCAAGGUUAAAGCUGAUAUUGAGACAAGGCUAGAGCUGAUAUCGAUACAAGGCUAAGGUUGAUAUCGAUGCAAGGCUGAAGCUGAUAUUGAUGCAGGGCUAGAGCUGAUAUUGACGCAAGGCUAAAGCUGAUAUUGAGACAAGGCUAAAGCUUAUGUCGAGUCAUAACGCUGACAUUGGUGGCUGGAGGGGAAGUAUAUAAAUGGCAAAUAAGUACGUGAUGGGCACUAAGCCUGUUCUAAAUGGUCUCUAUGUUGCUUUUGAAGUCGAAACAACAAUGAUUGCAAUGCUUUAAUGAUAGCAAUGCUUUAUUGAUUGCAAUGCUUUAAUGAUAGCAAUGCUUUUAAAGAUUACAUAAUUCUGACAUGAUGAAAGACGCUCUUAACAUGCUGACGCUUAUAGUAAUAAAUGCAUAAGACACUGUACAGCUUAUAGCAAUACAUAUACAAGACACUGUACAUCAUGAUUAAAAUGUGUAUACACUUUUCAACACCUUAAGAAGAGGAGAAAGAGGCAGGUCCUACGCCAUAGAGAUUCCAGCGUCAGCAACAAAAGCUGGUCGUAAGAGGAGACAUAAAGAAUCGGGUGUUUGCCUGUUGGUUAUUUGGUUGGCUUUCUUCGUAUCCGGAGACGGGAAUCGUUGUUCGCUAUAUCCCUGGAUUUUCAGGUUCAAACUCAUGUAUUGACCGCCUUGUCACAGCUAGCAUAGAUUUGAGUAGGCGCUGAACAGAAAAUAAACAAAAAAAUUCCAUGUUCUUUACUGAAAAAUGCUUAUAUUUCUGCAAGCGCACAUUUUGAAUUUAUUAGUCUCUCGUAUACAAAUAACAUACAUUACUCAUUUCGAAAAAUAAAAGAAAGUGUUUUACAGCGGAAGGACGAUACCAUUAAAGGAAAAAUAAAUCAUAAAGACACGUUUUAAUGUGGAAUCGUUCUGCUGUGAAACCUUGUGCCAACGUCUAUGUGUAUCGAGGGAGGAUCAAUAAGCAGAAACAUACUGCCUGAAGUUGAACUGGGGAUCAUCCAUCCAUCCGUCCAUCCAUCCAUUCAUUCAUUCAUGCAUGCCUGUGUUCAAGAAUAUCUACACAAUGUUUGACUGAAUUAUAAACAUAUAUUUUUUUAAAACAAGAGCCACAAGUAAACGCCAAUGAUGACAUCGUAACUAAUGUCUCCUAAUGGACCCAAAAGGCAGAAUUUGAAAAGGGGAACCCCUAUUUCAUACAUGGGUACCAUGUGUGAAGGACAUUUCUGGUGUCUCUCCGAAUUCAAUGAAAAACAUAUUUUGUAAAAUGUAAACGUUUCAUGUUGAUAUCUGUAUGUUAAUAAUAGGUCAUGUGCCCUCAUGGUGCUGAUGAAUAUUUUUCUGAACAAAUGCCCUCGAGAAGCAAUAAUGUAUUGUCCUAAAUAAUUUGUAUCCAUUUAAUUAGAUAACGACUACACGGAUAAAACAGUCGUUGCUAUAUGUGACCCCGCUUAUUCUGUGUCAGCGUACAACACGGCGUGGAACAAUGGCCAUGCUAUCAACCUUUGUUUUGCCAGAAACAAGCAUGCGUUUUACAGCCCAGCUGAAAGACAGAUAUGGCAUCACUGUGAAAUCUUAUCAUGUCCCUUUCGGCUACUAUAAAGUCAUUACCAGACUGACAUCUAGUCUCUGAAAUGAACAUAUUUACACAGUUCCUAAGUUAUAAUCAUAAAAUCUAAUAAAAAGGAUCCCAGAAACCUUCUACAUUUUCAGAGGCUGAAACUACUGUGGUUAUCUAGACUUGCACGGGCUCUCUUGGAAAUAUUUGUUUCAGGGUAUGUAUGACAGACUACGCCAUUAUCUAUACGGUAGAAUGUAGCAUGUUACAUAUGCGACGGGUGAAAAACGUUUUAAGAAACUCUCAAGCCUUCCGGCGUCUUACUGUACGUCAUAAAGACACGUACCAUGUUUGUCAGUUCUGAAGUUUCUAUACUGUAUAGUAUUUUAUGAAUAAAGCAUCUUUGUUUCAACCAUU